CAUAACCUAGUCCCUCCCAACCUGUCGCUCAAACCUAUUUUCCUUGUUCUUCUCUCUGCUUCCCACUUCGCGCUGCCGCGCACUCCAUCGACUCACCUCAAAAGGCUUCUCCUUAUUUCCGUCAUAUUCUUCCUGUAGGAAUUAUCAACAGUACAGAACCUUAGAAGACUUAACAUAACACGGACAAAGAUGAGACCUUUAGAUGAGACUGAGACCACGACAGUGUUUGAAAAGCUGUUCAAGUUUACAGGCAACAACCUCAAGAACAUUGUCGAGAAUCCAUCUCAUGAAGGUCCAGACUCGGGUCCAGGUCGUUACUGCUUUCGCCUCCACAAGAACAAAGUUUACUAUGUUAGCGAAUCACUAGUAAAGCGUGCUACAAAUAUAGCUCGGACCCAAUUAGUCUCUCUUGGCACCUGUAUUGGUAGGUUCACUCAUGGUGGUAAGUUCCAUUUAACCGUUCAGUGUCUGAGUUUAUUGGCAUCAAAUGCUAAACACAAGGUCUGGCUUAAACCUACCUCCGAGAUGUCGUUCUUGUAUGGAAACCAUGUUUUGAAAGGUGGUUUGGGGAGGAUUACAGAGAAUAUUGUGCCGGGUGAUGGGGUGGUUGUGUUUUCAAUGUCAGAUGUGCCUUUGGGUUUCGGGAUUGCUGCCAAGUCUACUCAAGAUUGUAGGAAGUUGGACCCUAAUGGAAUUGUGGUGCUUCACCAGACUGAUAUUGGAGAGUACUUGAGGAUGGAGGAUGAGCUUUGAAUAAUUAGACGGGUUUUGAGUGGUUAUGACAGAUGUGUUGGUGUCUAAUCAAAGAUUUGUGCGGGACAUAUACGUCGAUCUAUCAGCUUUGAUCAAUUCGAGUUGAAGUUUUGUCGGAUGUGGAUUAUUGUUGAACAUUACUUUCAUUAGUGAUUCUGAGUUUUGAUAUAAAUUCUAUAUGAUCAGGAACUUCUGCAA